AAAAUGAAGUUAUUGUACACACUUAUCUCGUUAUUCUUGAUAACGUUCUCGGUAGCCAGUCCAUUGGGCCCCGAGUUGGACGCUGUGCUUGCUGCCAGAGAAGAGCCAGAUCUUUCUGAAUUGAUUGACUUUGUGAACAACCUUAACAAUGAGAAGAAAGGCACCACUCUUUCGAAGAGAUCCACUGAAAACGUCGCUCUUACUCAAGCUUUCACCGCCUUGAACAAGAGUGGACAAGGUGUUGCUAUCGUAAAGACCUUUGCUACUAACCCUGCCACUCAAUCGACUACAAUUGAUGCUAUCAACUCCUAUUUGCAACAUGAGGACUUGACUACCCUUUUGGUUGCACUUGAUGAAUCUAACUUGGCUGUUGACGUUGUCAUGCAAGCAUUCAUUGACAACAAAUUCCUCCCAGGUUUGUGGACAAUCAUUACUACCUUGUGGGACAAUGGUACUAUUCAUUUCAAGAGAGGUCUUCUUGACUCCAUUGGUAAUAUUAUUGGUGGAAUCUUUGACAGUGCCCAGCAAGCCAUUAUUGAUUCCAUCGUUUCCUUGGUCGCUCAGGUAGCUGAUCCAGGUUCCAUCUGUAUCUCUCUUGAAAAGUCUGGAUUGGGUGUAUCAGUUAUUAGGUCUGCUGUCGAAGAUUCGGACAUGCAAUCUUUCACAAUAAAGUUGGUCACCACUAUCAUUGAUGACAAGACUAUUACCUUGGAUUCUUUGACGACAGCAUUGAAAGGUUCUUCUCUUAUCUCUAACACUUUCAACAAGAUUAUCGGAAACUCCACAUACAGAAAGAUUAUCUUCGUCUGGAUUGUCAACAAGUUGGUCGGUUUAAUCUCUUGGUUCUUCGGUUAAAUACCAGAACACUAAAAAUCUAAUUACUUAUUCAUGAAUCUCAUUUUCGAAAAUCUCGUUCUCCUUAUUUAUUUUCCUAAAUAAUUGCAAAUAUAGCAAAUAUACCAUUUUAUUGAUUU